AGCACAUGAUCACAGUACAUGAAAGCACAAAGUGUAUAUAAAGAGAGUCACAACAGCUGUUUGGUAUCAGUCUCAGUCUAAAGAUCACAGCACUUCAACCAAGAUGAAGACUUGCAUCUUGCUCAUCUUCGGCGCCCUGCUUGUCGUCGUAACUGGUAUGCCGCCGAUCAGCAGGGACUACAACACACACUGUCGGUGCCUGCAGGUGGAGUCGAGGAUCAUCCCGCCAGACAACCUGAAGAGCAUCAAGAUUGUCCCCGAAGGGCCUCACUGCCCGGAUACAGAAGUGAUAGCUGGCCUGGUGAGCGGGGAGAGGGUCUGCCUAAAUCCCCGGUCCUCCUGGGUGAAGAAGCUGAUUCACUUUGUUCUUGAGAGACAGCUACAUGUGGGAGGGACACUUCCCAAGAACUGAGGCGCAAAUCCAUGUUGCAAAUAAAGCUAUUGAGAGCAACUCGUUUCUGCAGCUAUGAGCCAUUGCUGUUUUACUUUAAAUAUAACACACCACGUUUAACCCGGUUUGUGUAAAUUAAAUACAUUUUUUUUUUUUGUGCAUGUGGUUUUGAUUUCUUAAAGUUUUCAUUUCAGAACUGUAUUUCUACUGAAUGUUGGAUAUUGUUUAAGUUUUGGGAGGAGGGCAAUGCAUGAAUGUAAUGUAUGCAAUCACCUUUGCGUGCACGGGAUGUUUAAAUUGUGUUUGUAAAAGGUCAAGUGAGACCUGAAAUGUAAAUCAUGUCUAGAAAGCUUUGGUUGUAUGACCUUUUGAAAGCAGAUGCUGGAUGAAGUCAUUUCUAUGUAAUUCUCCUUUUGUUGAUGCUUCUCCAAUAACAACAAGAACUUACUGAUUUACUGAUUUACUAAUUUAAGUUCCAAUGAAACUAUCUAUUGCUUUAAAAGAAAAAUAAAUUAAUGUUUAACAAGUAAAA